AUGGAGCCGUCGUCGGAUUUACAGCAGAAGCUCUCAGAGCUAGACCACGAGCUCGAGGAAGGCGAGAUCACACGGAAGGGCUACGAGAAACGUCGCACUCUCCUCCUGAGCCAAUUCCAAGGUGUCGGCAGCGCCACCUCCUCCCCGCGAGCAUCGAUACAAUCCCAACCUCAUAUCGCAUAUAACCCCCAUCACUCAGUUCAAUCCAUAAAUCGAUCUGCUGCCGCUUCUCCUGCUCCUUACCAGCAGCAGGAAUCGCCAAGGCCGAACAGGCAUAGCCUGCAAGUCGGACAGGCGGGGAACUAUGACAGCAGAGCUGACACCAUGGUGUCGGCCGUUACGGCCAAUACACACUUCUCUGGCGGCGGCGGCGGAACUCGUAGCUUCUCACAGCCAUUGCAAACUCCGCAAUGGCAUCAGAGGAAUCAUUCAGGAAGUGCGGCACCCGCAGCGCAGGCACGGCAGGCGUCAUACUCAUACGGUCACCAACCUCAGGGUUCUUCGUCGUCGUCUCAGAGCCAAUACGUCGCAUACCAGCCGCCGAUGAGCGACUAUGGAGGCUACAAUAACAACAAUGGUGGACAAGGACAGUAUGAUCCAUACUAUGGUAACCAGCAACAACAACCUCCAGUGCAGCAGCCUGGGGGCCAAUACGGUUACGAUUCCCGCGCCCAAACGAUGCAAGAAUAUGCUUACGAAGGUACGAACACCAUGACGAGUACCGCCUACUUUGCCGACUUUUCUCAGCAAAACUACGACCCGGCGCAGCAGCUCCGUCCGGAUAACUAUCAGGGAAACCAACCAUAUGUUCACCGCUACUCAGGCGCCACUGCAGAUCCACCUUACUCCCCAGCUGUAAACAUCGCCCCACCGUUACUAACGGCUUCAGACCUGCCGCCUGCGGUGGUUACUAGUCACCAGAUGCCGCUAGAGCCUAGAGACGUCCCGUUCGACGUCUACGAUCCACAUAAUGCCAACAUUCCUAUGUCGAAAUUCGACAAUAUUGCCGCUGUCUUGCGAUAUCGAAUGCGUGUGAAUGGAAAACAGGCUGCCUACAUGGUGCUGGACGGCAAAGGGAAAGAGAUAGCCACUUGUAACUGGGAUAAACUCGGUUCUAGGGCCGAAAAGGUCGCACAGGUCAUCCGCGAGAAGUCGAACCUUUACAGAGGCGAUAGAGUAGCAUUGAUUUAUCGCGAUAUCGAAGUGAUAGAUUUUGCGAUUGCGCUACUAGGGUGUUUCAUUGCAGGCGUUGUAGCAGUUCCUGUGAAUAAUCCGGAAGAUCAUGCGAAACUUAACUUGAUAUUACAGCAAACACAAGCACAUUUAGCCCUGACGACGGAUAACAAUCUUAAAGCUUUCCAGCGCGAUCUUGUGAACCAGAAACUUCAAUGGCCGAGAGGCGUUGAAUGGUGGAAAACAAACGAAUUCAAGAGUUUCCACAGCAAGGGUGAGGGGCCGGCUUUACAGGUCCCGGAUUUAGCAUACAUUGAGUUCUCCAGGGCACCUACGGGAGAUUUGAGAGGUGUGGUGAUGGAUCACAGGACAAUCAUGCAUCAGAUGUCGAAUCUUUCGGCUAUAAUCUCGACUACGGGUACACAGCAGAGCUCGAAGGAUACGUUCGCGUCGAAUUUGAGGGAUAGGGCUGGCAAACCGAUAGCUGUUAGUAACACUGGAGAAACGCUGGUGACGUACCUGGAUCCGCGACAGUCGGUUGGUAUGAUCAUGGGGGUUCUGUUGGCUGUUUAUGCGGGAAAUACGACAAUAUACUGCACUCAUUCGUGUAUUUCCACACCGGGAUUAUACGCCAAUAUCAUCACACGAUACAAAGCUACGCUUAUCCUGGCUGAUUAUCCGGGUUUGAAGCAAGUAGCGUAUAAUUACCAACAAGACCCAUACACGACUCGCAACUUUUCGAAAAAGCAGACGGUUGAUUUCUCGCCGAUGAAGAUGUGUUUGAUUGAUUGUUUGACAGUAGAUUCGGAGUUUCACGAGAUUUUAGCUGAUAGAUGGUUACGGCCCUUGGGGAAUGCGAGGGCGAGAGAUGUGGUUGCUCCUAUGCUUUGUUUGCCAGAGCAUGGAGGAAUGUUGAUUUCGAUUAGGGAUUGGUUAGGAGGCGAAGAGAGGAUGGGGUGCAGUCUGGUGGCGGAGGUGCUGAAUCUAGUUGAUCCUGAGAAACCGAAGGAGAGUUCUCCAGGUGGUUAUAGUGGCUUAAUUGGGUCUGAUGUCGCGAAGCUAGAGGAUGGGCACAGGCAGAGCGACUUACUCGAAGCACUUUUGGAUAAAGAAGCUUUGAAGACCAACGACGUGGUUAUUGUCGCCGUUGGAGCGGAAGCUAGGAAGAGAUCUAACGAGCCUGGUGUCGUUAGGUUAAUGGCGUUUGGGUAUCCUUUGCCGGAUGCUACUCUCGCUAUCGUUGACCCCGAGAACUCGGUGCUCUGUGGGCCCAAUACGAUUGGUGAAAUAUGGGUUGACUCCCCUUCGCUAUCGGGUGGAUUUUGGGCGCUGCCGAAACACACGGAAACCAUCUUCCACGCAAAGCCAUAUAAGUUCGAACCCGAGAAUCCGUUACCUGUUAUGCUAGAUAUGGAGUUCUUGAGGACCGGCUUACUGGGGUGCGUGAUCGAAGGGAAAGUGUUCGUGCUAGGCUUGUAUGAAGAUAGAUUACGGCAGAAAGUGGAGUGGAGUGAAGGUGCAGCCGAUAUGGGGAUGGGGAGAGCGAUGGCGGAGUAUCGAUAUUUCUUCGUGCAGCAUGUUAUUGUGAGCAUUAUCAAGAACGUGCCGAAGAUAUAUGAUAGCUCUGCAUUCGAUGUUUACGUGAAUGAUGAACAUCUACCUAUCAUACUUUUGGAAUCGCCCGCGGCUUCAACAUCUCCAUCCUCAGCAGGUGGACCUCCUAGACAGCUGGAUACACCGCUGUUAGAAUCGAUAGCUGAGAAGUGUAUCGAAGUUUUGCUCGAACAGCAUCAAGUCAGAACAUACUGCGUCAUGAUUACCGCACCCAAUACUCUACCGCGAACGUGGAAAAAUGGUCGGCGAGAAAUCGGCAAUAUGCUUUGCAGGAAGGAAUUCGACGUCGGUGGACUCCCAUGCGUGUACGUCAAGUUUGGGGUCGAAAGAGCGGUAUUGAAUCUUCCCCUCGGCGCUGAUCCAGUUGGUGGGAUUUGGUCAGUUGAAGCGUCGGAUCAACGACAGGCUGCUCUGGCUAGUAACGAAAAGCAGUACUCUGGCUUCGACUAUCGAGAGGUUGUUAUUGAUGACCGGACAUCGACACCACUCAAUUCUUUCUCGAGCAUUGUUGAUUUGUUACAGUGGCGUGUGUCGAGACAAGCUGAGGAGCUGAGUUACUGUACUAUCGAUGCGAAGGGUAAGGAGGGCAAGGGAGUUACAUGGAAGAAACUAGAUCAAAAGAUUGCGGCUGUUGCAGGCUACCUCAAAAAGAAAGGGUAUAAGGCCGGUGAACACAUUAUUCUCAUAUACACGCACUCGGAGGAUUUUGUAUAUGCGGUCCAUGCUUGCUUUUGUAUGGGGAUUAUUGUGAUUCCUAUGGCACCGCUAGAUAAUAAUCGGUUAUCAGAGGAUGUACCGGCAUUAUUGCAUAUCAUCCAGGACUACAAAGUCCGGGCGAUCUUGGUUAAUAAUGACGUCGACUCACUAUUAAAGCAGAAGAGCUUGGCUCAGCACAUCAAGCAAUCUGCUAACGUACUCAAGAUUACCAUGCCGCCGAUUCACAAUACCGCCAAGCCACCAAAGCAGAACAAUGGAUGUCGGGAUAUGGGAUUCACGAUGAAGCCUGCAUGGGUGCAAAGUAAACAGCCCGCGAUGGUUUGGACCUAUUGGACGCCAGAUCAAAGGAGUGUGGCUGUCAGUUUGAGCCAUCAAACGAUCUUGGGGAUAUGUAAGGUGCAGAAGGAGACUUGUCAGAUGACGAGUAGUCGGCCGGUGUUUGGAUGUGUUAGGAGCACGAACGGGCUAGGGUUUGUGCAUACUUGUUUGAUGGGGGUGUUCGUUGGUGCCUCGACAUAUCUUGUUUCUCCGUUGGAUUUUGGAGCAAAUCCUCUCCUUUUGUUCCAGACUCUAGCACGGUAUAAGGUUAAAGAUACAUAUGCGACACCGCAAAUGAUGGAUCAUGCUGUUUCACCGAUGACGAAGACUGGGUUUAAUCUCAAUGAAUUGAAGAACCUUAUGAUUUCAUUUGAGUCGCGGCCCAGGCAGGAUUUGUACCGCAAGGUACAAUUGCACUUUGCUACGACUUUUCUAGACCGCUUCUCCAUCAACACUGUGUAUUCGCAUGUUCUGAACCCCAUGGUGGCAUCAAGAUCGUACAUGACGAUAGAGCCCGUCGAGUUACAUCUUGACACCAGAGCACUACGGCGUGGACUUAUCUACCCCGUUGAACCAGACACUGAUAGCACGAGCCUUCUAGUACAGGACUCCGGCAUGGUUCCGGUUUCCACGCAGAUUGCGAUUGUGAAUCCGGAAACUUGCAGGCUGUGCCACGUUGGAGAGUACGGAGAGAUAUGGGCUAGCUCGGAAGCCAACGCGGACAGCUUUUAUGGAAGCAGUGAUGCGUUUGAUGCUGAGAGAUUCAAUGCUAAAACGGUGGAUGGGGAUCCGAGGAUUACGUAUGUGAGAACCGGGGACUUGGGUUUCUUGCAUACGGUUAAUCGACCUGUGGGGCCCCAGGGGCAACUGGCAGAGAUGCAAAUGCUAUUUGUACUGGGGAGCUUGGGGGAGACAUUUGAGGUUAAUGGUUUGAGUCACUUCCCUAUGGAUAUCGAGUCUAGCGUCGAACGGGCACAUAGGAAUGUGGUACCCGGUGGCAGCGCAGUCUUCCAAGCGGGAGGUUUAGUUGUUGUGCUUAUUGAGGUAUAUCGCAAGUCAUUUUUGGCGAGUAUUGUCCCGGUUAUUGUCAAUGCGAUAUUGAAUGAGCAUCAGCUUGUGGUGGAUAUUGUGGCAUUUGUGGGACAGGGUGAUUUCCCAAGAUCGAGAUUGGGGGAGAAACAGCGGGGCAAGAUUUUGGCAAAUUGGGUCACGAGGAAGUUGCGCACAAUUGCACAAUUUGGCAUUCGGGACCUUGAUUCUACGGAACAUGCUGCUGCUACUAUGCCACCGCCGCCACCUCAGCAAAUUGGCGUAGGAGGAUCACCACCAGCACCGGUUCAGCUCGUAGAACAAAUCCAACCGGCCAACAUGGAAGGAUAUACACCACCACCAGAACAGACUCUAAUUGGAGCCGCACACGCCGGCUUACCAGAGGAACCAGAAGUUCCACGAUUACCAGAACCAAUGAAUGCGGAAGACUUUAUGCCGAUACCAAAAUCACAUAUGGAUCCUUAUGGCAUGACAGCAACCCAUUACGGCCCUGUACCAGUUGAAAUGCCAACAAGCUAUCAUGAAAUCGCAGAACCUACGCCAAAAGCCGUAGAGAGGAAUUCAUAUCUCGGAGAUGUAAAACUUGGGGAGCUAGCUUCAGAGGGUGUUUCUUCUUCCUCGCCGCCGAAGAUUCCGCAGAUGAAUCCUAGAAGGAGGAGUACUUACUCUGCGCAGCAUCACCCGGAUACACCAGAGGAUGAAACACACGGAUGGAUAGGAGGAGGGGAAGAUGUGACCACGCCUAAGGCGGGUGUGGAGAAUGAGAUGAAGAGGUUGAGUUUGGGACUUGAUGGGACUGGAGACAUGGAAUUGGAUACGUCGAGACGGAUGAGCGGGGAUAGUGAUAUUAGGAAUUAUAAUUAUCCUGCUGAGGCGCUGAUGUAUCAGAAGCUUUUGGAGAGGGAUGGGUGA